AUGUCUUCAACAAAUAAAAAGCAACUCAUCAUCAAUGCCUUCGCCAUGCAUUCGCCCAGCCACCUGAACCCAGGGCUGUUUCGCUAUCCCGCAGACAAGGGCUCCGACUACAAAAACAUUAAGACCUGGAUUGCCCUCGCGCAAAAGCUCGAGGAGGCCAAGUUCCACGCCAUCUUCUUUGCAGAUGUCCUCGGCGGCUACGAUGUAUACCGUGGCCCGGCCAACCUCGACCCGACUAUCCCCGCGGCAGCCCAAUUCCCCAUCAACGACCCUCUGUACAGCAUCUCUGCCAUGGCGGCCGCGACCGAGAGCAUCGGGUUUGGAGUGACAGCGUCGACCACCUACGACGCGCCGUAUGCGCUGGCGCGACGCUUCUCGACUGUGGAUCAUCUCAGUAACGGCCGCAUUGGAUGGAACAUCGUGACCUCGUACUUGGAUUCUGCGGCACGCAACUUCGGGCUCGACACUCAGAUCGAGCAUGAUGAGCGCUAUCGCAUUGCUGACGAGUACCUGGACGUCACUUAUAAACUAUGGGAAGCGUCGUGGAGGGAUGAUGCCGUGAACUGGGGACAUGAUGCCCCAAAGUCUAGUGGCGAGGCUGAGGGCCAGAGAUACGCGGAUCCUUCUGGUGUGCGGCAGAUCAAUCACAAAGGAAAGUAUUUUCAAGUGCCCGGCCCGCAUCUCUGCGAGCCGAGUCCCCAGCGUACACCUUUCCUGCUGCAGGCGGGAACCUCAACGGCCGGGAAAGCCUUUGCAGCCAAGCAUGCCGAGGCUGUUUUCCUUCACGCGCAGAAGCCGGAACUUGUCCGGCCCUCGGUGGAUAGCAUUCGCCAGCAGGCAGCCGAGGGCGGGCGCAACCCCGAGGACAUUAAGAUCGUCGCCGGGGCACUCGUGAUUGUGGCAGAGACGGACGAGGGGGCACAGGCCAAGUUCGAGGAGCUCAAGAAAUACGGCGAUCGGGAAGGGGCGCUGGCUCUGUUCGGGGGUUGGACUGGCUAUGACUUGUCGACGUAUGCUGACGACCAAGAUUUUCGGUUCGUGGAGCUGCCCGCGGUGCGAAGUAUGGUGAACCACUGGGCGAGCACGGUGCCGGGUACCGAGGGCCAGAAGUGGGACAAGAAGACUAUCGCCGAGUACCUGACGCUCGGUGGAAAUGGAGUCAAAAUCAUAGGCAGCGUGCAGACCGUGGCUGACGAGCUGGAGCGCUGGGUGACUGUUGGCGAUGUCGACGGGUUCAACCUCAGCUAUGCCAGCAUCCCAGAAACGUUCGAUGAUGUUAUUCGCCUGCUUCUUCCGGAGCUGCAGCGACGCGGUCUCUUUUGGUCUGACUAUGCUGUUCAGGGAGGGACCUUUCGGGAGAACAUGUACUCCAAGCAGGGCCAGUCGAGACUGCCCGAGUCUCACCCGGGUGCGAAGUAUUUCUGGAGAGAGGGACAGGAGGUGCCCCCCUAUUCAUUGACAGAGUCAAAAUAG